AUGGCAGAUUUUCCAAUUAUUGUUAAACAAAAAUCAAGAAUUGAUCACUUGUUCAAAAGUAUUUUCUAAUUUUUCGAGCAGUUAGGAAUUCUAAAUCAAUAUAAUAUGAACCCCUAACUAUUCCUAAACUCCAACCUUUAACUUAAAAUCAGGUUUUAGAAUUACAGACAUAGAUGGCAUUCGACAAAAGCAAUACUAUAUGAUUGCAUAAUUCAUCAGAUGAUAAAGAAUUUAUAACGGAACCUUCUAAGAGAUGUUUGGUGUUCUGAGACUUUUUAAGUUAACAAAAAAGUAGGUAGGUAAGGUUAUUUCCUCUAACAAAGUUCAUCCUAGAAUGCCUUCAAAAGAAUAAUUAAACUAUCAGUGA